ACGAGCGCCGCGUCAUCAACACAACCCCGGAAGUGCAACGGUUUGCUGGCAGUUAGAAAUUUAAAAGGAUUUUGACCAGAAGCCGCGAGACCUCGCGUUGCUAAGUAACGGCGCCCGUCAGUGUUUUUAUCGAUGUGAUGAGAUGUCGUCUGUGAAUGAAGAAGAGAGUUUAACUCCAAAUGAGCUGCGACAGAAACUUUAUCAAACCUUCAAGAGUCGCGGACUGCUGGACACUCUCAAGACACAGCUUCGGAAUCAGUUGAUCCAGGAGCUUCAGCAGCCUCUUCGUACACGACCCACUGUUCCUAGAUCAGCAGUACUCAGUGAUUCAGUGUUAGUUAAAGCCUGUAACAGUGUAAUGAUAGAUCAUCUACAGAGCAUUGGCUAUGAGUACACGCUGUCUGUCUUUUACCCGGAGUGUGGCAUGAGUAAACAUGAGGUGUUAUCGACCAGAGAUCUUCUUCAGCUCAUGAAAAUCAGUCCUCAUACGCCUUUAUACAAAGCUGUGAUGUCAAAUAUCCAGAAGGGACAGACAGGUUUUUUGAUGAGUCUGUUUACAGAACUCAUUGAUCAUCACAUUCAUGGAGAACACUGUGAUGCUGUCACCCAGACCUCAGAUGAACCGGCUCAUAAACAAUCUCUCGUGGAGAAGAUGCAGAUGAUCGAGGAGGAGUAUGAAGUCCUGAGAAACAGAGGAGACCGAUGGGUGUCGGUGGAGGCGAAGCUGGCAGGAUACAGGAAGGAGAUGGAGGAGCAGUCUCAGGUGGAGCUGAAAGCAAAGCUUCAGCACUUUAUGGAUGUGGAGAUCAUUAAGGUGAAGAGGGAGGAGCAAGAGAAAUCUCGAAAAGAGAUCCGGGAGCUGAGGCGAGACCUGGAGAGAACAUAUGAGCUUAAAUCUGAGGCUUUGAUGAGUCGUGAGAAAAACGCAAUCGAGCGAUUACAGAAACAUCAGGAGAUGCAGGAGAAAGAAAUGUACACACAAAGACAAAUGUUGCUGAAGGACAUUGAAUCUGUGCGUAACAGAGAGGUGGACCUUAAACAGAGAACUGAAGCGUUUGACAAGACGUGUAAGUUACACGAGGAGAAGAUGAAGACCAUGGAGGAUCUUCUGAGGAGAAGAGAAACGUCUGUGAAGAACAUGGAAGAUUCAUUUGAUCAGAAACUAAAGAGCGAGUUAAUGAAGUAUCGGCUGGAACUGAAGGAAGAUUACAUCAAGAGAACUGAGAUGCUCACAGAAAAUGAGAAACAGAAUAAAGUGGAAACGAUUCGUCUACAGAAAGAGUCCGCUGUUAUUGAAGCUAAAACCGAUGAACAUGAAAGAAAUCUGGCACAAGUCAAACAUCUGCUGGUGGAGUUGGAGACGGCUAGACAGCAGAUGUUUCUCCUGACACAGCAGAAAGAGCAACUUCACGAGAGGCUGGAGAACAUGAAUGACUAUUCAGAGCUGAAGAGACAAACGCUGGAGCAUCAGACACACAUCAGAUUACUGAAACAACAACUGGAGGAGAAUCAUGAGGAGAACCAGAGACUCAGACGAGAAGUCAAAGCUCCGUCUACAGAGCAGCUGCGGCUGCAGGAAGAGCUGCAGAGACUGCAGACGGCACGCAGACGUGAUGAAGAAGAGUUUCAGGAGCAGAAUAAAGUACUGCACACUCAGCUUCAACAUGAGGUCCAUCAGUGUACUCUAUUAAAGGCUCAGCUGGUGGAGUGUGAGGAGCGCAUCAGGUGGAUGAACACAAACGCUGAGGAGAUCAAACUUCAGCUGAAACACACACAACAAGCUCUAGAGAAUGAGAUCUUCCUCAAUCCUAAACCUUCUCUGGUAGAUCGAUCUGUUCUCACUUUGAUGCCUGACAAGCUGCUUCCUCCAGACGUUUACAUAGACAGUGCUCUCCUCAGAAGAGCUGCAGGUUCUGAUGGUGGUUUAUCUGAAACAGGAGUGACCCUCGGGGGUCAGCGGCGUUCAUCGCCUCAUGCACAGAUUCAGGAUCAGGACUCUGAACUGGUGUCUGGUGCCUUGGCCAGGAUUCGUGAGCUGGAAAUCGAAGCUGAAAGAUUAGAGGAAGCUUACACAAACCAUCGACAGAGAGCCACAGAUGAUCUUUCACUUCACCAUAAGAGAGCCAUACCUUCUCACAUCAGACCCAGAGUAACUUUCACUGGAGAUCCAUCUUCACACGAGAACUUUACGAGAACUCCUUCAGAAGAUCAAACUCCACCCAGACUCGACUCUCCUCCAGCCAGACGUUUGUCUUCCACUCCGGUCUCCACGAGCAGAAGCAGAUCAGAUGUUCAUCAGACUCCUGCAGUCACUCAAGACUGGAUGAGGAAGACCAACGCUGAAAGACCGUCAGUGAUGUUCACUGAUCUCAGUACAGACAGACAAAUCUCACCAAUCCCCGCUGGAGACACUAGUCUGUCCAGAGACCUGAUGUGUGUCAGCAGCCCCACGAUGAAGAGCACCACACGAGACAAUAACAGUCCACCUAAACUCCAGCAGAUCAUCUCUUCAUCAUCUCAAGAGUCUUCACCACAGCCUGAGAAGAUCAGCCUUUAUGAUCUCACUAACCCUGAACCAUAUGUGUCUGCAGAUCAGGAGUGUAUCCUGGAGAACCUGCAGGACAUAAACACACAGCGCUGCCUGAAGGAUGAAGUGAUGAUGUCAGCGGUACCUUCAUCAGACAGCUGUGAGGAAGAAGAGGAGAGGAGAUCACAGGAGAGAGAGGAAAAGGACCUGCUGAGAGUGUUUGAGAUUGAACACGAGGAAGAAGCAGAAGAGGAGCAGAUGACACUAACAGCUUCAGUGAUUGCAGGAGGACGAGAUGAAGAAGCUGAAGAGGAGGAGGCGUCAGGAGGAGCUGAUGUGGUCAAUCCACUGGAAAAAUACAUGAUGAUCCUCAUGCAGGGAAAACAGAGGGAGAGCCCAAAGAAAGAGUCGGAGCACGAAAGCCCUCAGGAAGUCUUGUUGUCUGAGAAUAUUGAUGACAGCAUUGAUGCAGUUUCACGUGAAGAACCAGAUGAGGAUUUCUGGUGAAGACCUCCAGAAAAUUAAACGUUUACAGUUCUUCUGUAUAUUUUUAUCAUUUUUU